AUGGAAAAAGCACAAACUGAGAUGAAAGUAAAAUGUACUGAUAAUAAUCGUUCAAGUUCUCUCCAAAAAGAAAAAAUCUUGACAACUCUCAAAGGUUGUCCUUACGUGGUUCAAUUCUUUGGAACAGACAUCAACAUUGACAAUGAUAAUAUUCCAAUUUACAAUUUGUUUCUUGAAUAUGCAUCCGGUGGAUCGCUCCAGGAUUUGAUAAACAAUUCCAAGAGAAGAAUGAUACAGAUGUCAGAAUUGGAAGUAGGUUUCUAUACAUAUCAACUCUUAAAGGGUAUUCAACACGUUCAUAAGGAAGGGUGGGUUCAUUGUGAUAUUAAACCCGCUAAUAUUUUGGUUUUCAAUAAUGAACAUGGUGGGAUGCACAAGUUGAAGUUGGCUGACUUUGGAUUGUCGUUGAAAGUUGGUGAUAGAAAGACAUAUAUGACUGGAAUUCCGUUGAGCAACAGAGGAACUCUGCUUUACGCACCUCCAUAA